AUGAUAUUAAACCUUAGAAGCGAAGCAGUGUGUGAAUCAGCGUCGUCCAUCUUAAAAACGCACAUUCACAGCAAUCGUUCAUUAGAUGAAGAAGUUAUGGUACAUUGGAAUGCACCACCUUUACAUACGGCUGAUUGCAUCAUCACAAAUUCACUCGAUAAUUAUUUUAGUACAAUGAAAGAUAAAAAUUGGUUAUUUUAUAAAAACAGUGAACAAUAUCAAGCUUGGAAACUUGUUUCUUCUGGUUCAAUUAGUUUAAAUCGUUUACGAAAAGUACACAUAACAAGAUUACCUGAAUCAGACCCUAUUGAAUAG